CUUCCACAACCCUCAAAAUCUACUAGGGAGUUUUGCAGAAUGGAUGCCUUCAUUCUCGCAUCUGAUUCAGCUAUACUUUAUCAUCAUAACAACUAUCGCCUUGCUUGCUGCCACACUUCCUGCCUUGCAUGAUUCCAUACUGCUCUAUGGCAAAUUAGACUUUCCUUCACCAGCAAGUUCUUCGUCUACUGCUCCCCCUAAAUCGGCUAAAAAGUCUAUUAAUCGCUCAGAAACAAAAGUCCAUGAUCACAGCACGUUCUUCGCUGUUCUUGGGUCGUUCAAGGUUCCGAAGGCAUGGUUCGCACACUUUUAUGUCUUCGCCUCGUUCUGGAUGAUCUAUCUUACACUGGAUCUCCUACUCUACACUUCUUGCUCUUCUGCUUCCAUUUCAACUUCACCUUGCCAAAUAUCUUUUUAUUUACCUCAGUUUUUAAUCUCUUCAUAUCAUUCAUGGAGCUUCUUGAGAUUAUUGAACUUGAUAGGAAUCAUGCCUACUCAUUACCUACGCAGUAGCAUGACGUCUUGGACGCCACCGCCUGAGAUUGUAAUCGCCAUGUUUUGCUAUUGGAUUCAGGUCCUUCGGAGAUGGUAUGAGUCCUGGUUUGUGGAACAGUCUUCUAAGGAAGCCAAGCUUCAUCUGGGGCAUUAUUUUGUCGGUAUUUCGUUUUAUGCUGCUAUGGCCCCAGCACUUUGGGUCGAUGCAUAUGAGACCUGGAGCAGAUCAACCACCACCGCCAUAGCCGAAACAAAAACAUUAACAAGAAUAUCAUGGAUGAAUGUAAAUCCUUGGUGUUGGAUGGGAAUGGCUCUGUUCUUGUGGGCGUCUUGGCAUCAACACCGAUGCCAUGUCAUCUUAGCCAACCUCAGACGACCCGAAUCACAUGAGUGGCUGAUGGGCAGCAGAAAUAGUGCCGGCAAUGGCACUAAUAACAACAAUAACUUCCAAAAGUACAAGGUGCCAUUUGGAGAUUGGUUCGAGUACUUGGUCACGCCACACUAUUCGGCCGAAAUGGUAAUUUAUUUUGGACUUUACCUUAUGGUAUCAUCCGCUACCAUUUUUACUAUUGAUCUACCGUCGUUGCCGAUAUCAUUGCCAUCAUUAUCACGGUCGAUUGCAACAGAUAAUUCGAGAUUUAACUCAUGGGCUGCUCCAACUAUGCUCUAUGCUUGGAUCUGGGUGGUCGUGAACUUGGGUGUUGUGGCCAGAGAAACAGAUCAAUGGUAUCGGUCCCGGUUUGGCGAAGGGUAUGCAGGUACGAUGGUGAUGGAAACUAAUGGAAUGCGACACAUCGUGAGGAAACGAAGAGCGAUUCUCAUUCCCUUUAUUUAUUAGCUUAGAAGGAGGAAGGAAAGAAGUAAAACAAGGAAAACAUCUGUAUGUAGGAUUGAUGUUGAGACAAAGUGUUGUAGUUGAUUAGAAGCAUACUAGAUCAACAAGUGUUUUCAAAGAGAUAAGCAUGACCUGUACAAAUAUGCAGAGGCAAAAUGAAAGUA